AUGUAAAAGAAGCCGGAGCAGCAUUCACCACAUAUUUUUACAACCAAUUUUGAAGACAGAGUGAUUGACAUUUGGAUAUAUGUAUAUCCUUUUAUAUUUUAUACAUAUAUAUAAUUAGUAAAGAGUGUGACAUAACUAAAAUAUACUACAAAAAGAAAAUAGCGAAAAAAGAUGUUGAAAUCUCCUGCGUCCAGAGAUCGAUUCCCGAAUAAAAUGGAACAUUCUCCAGUUGUCAAGCAAUUGGCUAUCGAUAAGAUGUUUGCAAAUAUGCAGCGCCGACUUUCAUUACUUCACCGUACACUUAUUUGCGAUGAGAAAGAGGCAUAUAAAGUAGAAACGCCUUACAAAUUAUUCGGUUGGUCCAAGGAAGAUUUUGAAGCUCGACUGAAAUUGGAUAAUUUGGUUUGGCUUGAGGUGUUCAUUAUGAAUAUGUCGAAAAGUUGUAUGGGAUUGAGAAAGCUGGAAACUGAUAUAGAAGAAUUAUUGGAAUUUGCAAGACUAUUUUAUGAGAUCUUUGCGGGACAGAAUUUGCAAACAGAAUUCAUUGCUAAAAAGUUAAAAUCGGCGUUGGCAUUAAUAGACAUGCCAACAGAUAUGGAAACUCAGCUAAAGAACAAUGCUAAAAAGAAUGAAGAGUUAUGUGUUCGUGUGCAUGAAAAAACGUUUACCAAAACGGAUGAUAAAACCGCUAACAAAAAAAUAAAUGUAUUGGAACAUAUUUUUUCCGAAAGUAUUGCUUACGACCCCAUCGAAACACGUUAUCAGAUACGCUAUCAAAACUCGCUGGUCGAACAAUUUGAGGAUAGGACUUUAAUCGAGCAGAAUAAGAUCCAGAAAGAGAUCGAUAGAUAUAACGAACUAAUGCGUGUAGAGAAAUAUUGCUCACAGUGUACGAUAAACGCUCUCUAUGCAGAAACAAAUAAAUAUAGGACCCGCAUAGACGAAUUGGGUGCUCAAUAUACGAAGGAAUACGAUGACAUAACCAACAAGAUCGCCAUUAAGCGUGCGAAUUGUGAAAAGUUACGUGUUCAGCGUAGCUAUCUGGAGGAAGAAAUUGUUCGCUUCAGGGAAGAAAUCGCCAAUGUACUACGUCAGAAGAAGAAGAAGUCAAAACGCUUUCAUCGCAGCCCCACACAGAGUAAUAUUUCGCAGAGCAACACGGAGAGCCUAGUACUUUUGGAAAAGAAAAAUACGAAGAAGAAGACUAAGUAGUAAAUGUGAA